AUUCUGUCGCUCUGCAAAAAUGUUUGGUAGUAAAGUGGAGACACAGUUGACUAUUUAAAAAAUUUCAUUUAAAGUCCUCGAAGAAUUCACGUGUGCCGUGCAAAUAGUCAGGUUUUGACUCUUGAAAUAUCUCAGAAUGGCUUCUUUUGUAAGAGAACACUUGUUGAGAGUUGGUAAAUUUCUAGCCGUUGCAUCGGCCACAACUGGAUCGUUUUAUUAUGCACGUUUUUCCACUGUUUUUGCAAGUGAAAAGCAGUCGAACAAUUUGUAUAUGGCAGAGCCAGUCACUGCACGUGAAAAGUUAGAAACAGGCGAUAUGAAGACGAGAAUGGAGCUGAUGAUUAUGAAAUUGCAACGAGAGUUCUGCGAUGAACUAGUUCGACUGGAUGGAUCUGCUUUCACAGUGGAUAAGUGGGAGAGACCGAGUGGUGGUGGGGGGAUAACAUGUGUCAUACAGGAUGGCAAAGUAUUUGAAAAAGCUGGUGUGAAUAUUUCUGUGGUUCAUGGUGACCUUCCUAAAGCAGCCAUUCAACAAAUGAAACAAAGAAACCAGUUAAAAGGUCUUAAAGACAGCGAUUCGCUGCCAUUUUUUGCAACUGGUAUAAGCUCUGUCAUUCACCCUCGGAAUCCAAUGGUGCCAACCAUCCAUUUUAACUACCGAUACUUUGAAGUACAAGACCAGGAUGGCCAGAAAUCGUGGUGGUUUGGAGGUGGAACUGAUCUUACACCUUACUAUCUGGAUGAACAGGAUGUGAAACACUUUCAUCGAACAUUGAAAGUUGCUUGUGACCAACAUGAUAAAACAUAUUAUCAGAAAUUCAAGAAAUGGUGUGAUGAUUAUUUCUUUGUUAAAUUUCGAGGUGAAAGACGCGGUGUUGGUGGGAUAUUCUUCGACGAUGUCGACCAACCAUCUCAAGAAGAGGCGUUUCAAUUUGUGCAAACUUGUGCUAACGCCGUCAUUCCUUCGUACAUUCCCAUUGUAAAAAAACACAUGAACGAUUCCUUCACCUCGGAGCAGAGACGAUGGCAGCAACUCAGAAGAGGAAGAUAUGUUGAAUUCAAUCUUGUUUAUGAUCGAGGAACAAAGUUUGGAUUGUACACACCCGGUGCACGAAUCGAGAGUAUUUUGAUGUCACUUCCCCUGACAUCUCGCUGGGAAUAUAUGCACAAGCCAGCACCAGGCAGCGAUGAAGCAAAGUUGAUGAAAGUUCUUAAGAAUCCGAAGGAUUGGUUGGCUGAUGAAUAAUGGACGAACGUUUCAAAAG